AUGUCGAUGGAUGAUGCAAUGGCGCUGUUUCACAGAUUUGAUGUCAAUGGCAACGGUACCCUUGGGUUUGAUGAGCUUCGUGAGUUGUUGCUGAUUGUUGGCGUGCCAGCUUGCGACAUUCCCGGCCUGUUUGGCAUCAUUGACACAAACGCUGAUGGUAAUGUGGACUUUGAGGAGUUUGUUCGAUGGAUGUGGACGCAGCCGGUUGAUGCCAAGGAAAAAAUGGUGGGCAGCACAGCUGUGGCUCGACAACUGUUGAGGGAAAUUGCCGACAAGUUGGAUGCAGAGCGUGUGCCAUACGACGCUCUUUUCGUGAAUGCAGAUGUCAGCCGCGAUGGCCUGCUCUCACGUGACGAGCUGUCACGAAUAUUGAUGGCAUACCUGCCAGAUGUCACAUCAUCAGUUCUGGAAGAAGCGUUCAAUCUAUGUGAUUGGGACAGCAGCGGCUGGAUAAACGUGGAGGAGUUUGUGGUGGCACUUCGCCGAGAGGCCAGCAGCUUGCAGGCCACAGUGCCAGCGACAGUGGACGUCGAAGUAACGAUACCACCUGGAUGGCGCUAUGGAAUGCAGUUGCCAGUCACUUACGAUGGUAACAUGUACUACGUGGAUGUGCCUGCAGGAUGUGCUGUUGGCAGUUCAUUCAACACGACUUUGCAGCGAGCAGCGUGA